ACGAAAAAGCCCCUGGGACUCCUCCGUUCACCUCUAGCUCGAUACCACGGCCUUGCAACUGCUCCCAUCGGCUCCCCCGUAGUCGUUCUUCAUCGCCCCUCUCGGAAGCAAAUAUGUCCAUCCCUCCCAACGGUCACAUCCAAGGCGACGGCGCCGCCGCCGACGACUCCGACUUCGAAGCCGACGCCGCCGCCCACGACGAGUAUUACCACGCCAUCUCCUCCUUCGACGAUGACGACGACGACGAUGAUGAAGACCCACGGAACCCUAGCUUCAACCCUACCCUCCUUCACCUUCAUGCGGAGAACGGGAACGGGAUUUCCUCUCUGGAUCUGAGGAGCAGCGACGACGACGACGACGAUGAUGGAUUUGAAGGAGAGGGAAAAUCGGAGUCGGAGUCGGAAGCGGAGGAGGAGGAGAGGGCGAGGGAGACAGAGGCGUCGAUCUCGAGGGCGUUCGGGGAGGACGAGCGGCGGCGGAGGUCGCCGAUGACGGCGGAGGCGGCGGCGAGGGUCGUGGAGGCGAUGAGAGGGGUCGAGUUCCGAGGCGUCGCGCCGGAGUGGGCGCAUCGCGUCUCCGAGGAUCAGUGGUUGGAUCGGCUCAGGAGAUUGCGAGGUGAGCCCGGCUCUUCUAGUUGAUAAAAAUUGGAUCUUUGGUGUUUCGUUUUGGCUCUCGCAUUAUAUGUUUCGAAUUUGACACGGGGAUUAUGCUUUGAUUCGUACUGCAACUGAAGUAUUUGGUUCUUUAUCAAUGAAAUUAGUAUUUUGGAUAUUAUAUCAAAUUGUGGAAUUGUUUGUGAAAUUUGGAGUAUGAGCUUGGAAUGCAACCUAGUUUGUAGUUA